AUGUCAGAAAAACGAUUUAAAAAAGUUGGAGAUCAAAGUUUGAUAAACGAAGAAGAGGAAGAGUACGAGAAUGAUGCUGGCAGCCCAUCAAGUCAAGAAAAAGAAAGUAAAAAUGAGAACGGUGAUAGUUGCGUUGGCAAGUUGAUGUUCAGUUUGGAACACGACAUGCACAGGGAAUCACUGACUGUCGUCGUCAUGAAAAUAUCCGACCUUCGCUUGCCAGCGAGUGAUGCCAAUCAGCAGCCACAACAACAACAGCUGCAACAAUUAUUUGAUCCGUACGUCCGUGUUGUUUUGCUACCAGAAGGCAAGCAGAAAGCCAAAACUCGCGUCGUACGCAGAACUAAAAAUCCAAUAUUUGAAGAAACAUUUACUUUCUACGGCAUCAGUUCUCAGAAACUACAGCAGAUGAUCAUCAAGUUCACUGUCAUGACGCAUGACAGAUUCUCGAAAGAUACGUGCAUGGGACACGUCAUUCUGGCUAUGACCCCAAAGCUGGUGAAACGAGAUAGGCAGGCAGUCACCAUUUGUAAAACUAUUCGCUCUGGAUCGGAACCGGCGCAAAAGCAGGGAGAACUCUUCAUCUCGUUGAAUUUUGAUUCGUCCACUGAUAAACUCACGGUCAUCGUUUUGAAAGGAAAGAACUUCCCACGUAUGGACAUUGCUGGGCUGGCUGAUCCGUACGUGAAAAUUUACUUGAUGUGUGACGGUCAGCGAAUUGACAAGAAGAAAACCCAGGUAAAAAAACGAACCCUGAAUCCUGUUUUCAACGAGACUUUCCACUUCAACCUCCCAUCGCAUCAUCUGCGACAACAACAACAAAAGGACAGGGACACAAAGAUCAUGCUUAAGUUCAUCGUUCUGGAUUGGGAUCGAGUGUCAAAGAAUGAAGUCAUAGGUGUCGUACAAAUUGGUCCUGACGUCGUGUCGGACGUGGCGGUCAAACAUUGGAAUGACGUCAUGGAGUGUCCACGCAAGCAGCUGGCCGUCUGGCAUAAGUUGCUCUGA